GUGAACACAGGAAGACGUAGAAGCAGCGUUUAUGAUUCCUCUCUAGCAACAUCGACAUUGUGUUAUGGAUAAAACCGCCGUUGUAAAAGUCGGAGCAGUGGCUAGUGCGAGUGUGUGUGCCCUUUUUGGAGGAGUCGUCCUCGCUCAGUAUAUUGUAGCAAAGAAGAAAAGAGCUGGCAAGAAAACGAAGAUCAUCGAAAUGAUGCCUGAGUUUGAGAAGAGCACGGUCCACAUCAAGGACCCCGAGCGGGUGGAGCAAAUCAUCUGCGGUCUGAUUCAAGGAGGCUCAUCCAAACUACAGAUCAUCACAGACUUUGACAUGACGUUAAGCAAAUUUGCAAUCAACGGAAAGCGAUGCCCGACCUGCCACAAUAUAAUUGACAACUGCAAUCUGGUCACAGAGGAAUGUAGGCAAAAGCUGUUUAAACUGAAGGAGACGUACUAUCCUAUUGAGAUCGACCCGAAUCUGACCAUGGAGGAGAAAUACCCGUUUAUGGUGGAAUGGUAUUUUAAAUCUCACACAUUACUGGUAGAGCAGCGGUUACAGAAGAACAAACUCCCCAAGGUGGUGAGAGAAUCAGAUGUCUGUUUACGGGAGGGUUACGAGCACUUCUUUGACCGGCUAAAUCAGCACAACGUUCCCGUGUUCAUCUUCUCAGCGGGGCUUGGAGACGUGCUGGAGGAGAUCAUCAGACAGGCUGGAGUUUAUCACCCCAACGUCAAAGUCGUCUCCAACUUCAUGGACUUUGAUGAGAACGGCUUCCUGAAAGGAUUUAAAGGCGAGCUGAUUCACGUGUACAACAAGCAUGACGGCGCUCUGAGGAACACCGAAUACUUCAAACAGCUGAAGGACAACAGCAACAUCAUCCUUCUGGGAGACUCCCUCGGAGACCUCAACAUGGCCGACAGCGUCCCCAAUGUGGAGAACCUCCUUAAGAUCGGCUUCCUCAACGAUAAGGUGGAGGAACGCUUGGAGAAAUUCUUGGACUCUUAUGAUAUAGUUCUAGUGAAGGAUGAAACCCUUGAAGUGCCCAAUUCCAUUUUACAAAAGAUCUUAUAACUGUAAAGAGACUCUUGUUAUUAAUAACUAGUCACUGGGUUAAAACAUGCACGCACAAAGCCAUAAGAACCCCUCAUCAUGAUCUGUUCACAUCACAUCACUUCCCAUCCCAGACCAUGUACUCUUCCAUUUGUGUGUCUGUUUGGGGUUUUGUCCCGCACUUUGUAUUUUUUAAGAAAAACCAAACCAACUUCUGUAUAGAAAGUCUGUAUCUUAGCGAAUAUGUUUAAUGUGUACAUGAGUAGACUAAUGUAUUAUUUUUGAUAUUGAGAUAUCAUUUGGACUUCAUGCGCAAUAAUAGCUGGGAUAGAAGAUAAGUGCUGGCAUUUUUGUAGUUAUACAGGCAGUAACUGCGGUGUACUACAGUAAUACUUGUACAGGUGUAACACUUUCCGUGUAUUUUAGCGCUCCAAAUAUCCAUCCAUUUUCUGUACCACAUUUCGUACACAGGGUCAUGAGGAACAUGGUGUCUCUCCCAGGGGACUUGGGGGGACACUCUGGAAAAUGUCCCAAGCUAUCACAGGGCACAACCUUACACACGCACACACACAUACACACACACACACACACACACACACACACACAUCCUGAAGCACUAGGAGAAAACACACACAUCCUGAAGCACUUCGAGAACACAAAACUCCAUACGUGGUUAAGGUGUUGGACUACAGCUCAGAAGGCUGUGAGUUGAAAUCCCAGGUCCACCAAGCUGCCACUACUGGGCCCCUGAGCAUGGCCACUCUCAGUUGCACAGUCAGCCACUCUCAGUCACUCUGGACAUGUUCCAGAGGUAUGAUGCAAACCUGCUAACCAAUAUGCCCCUAUGCCCCCUCUACUCUAAAAAUUGCAUAGUGGGCGUGGCCUAACCCAGAAACACUGCCAGCAUUGCAUGUUAAUUCCAGUUCUGACCGUUCCUCAUCUCUCCAGCUUAUAACUCAUCCCAACUAAAGCUGCGUGCAAAACUAUUUUUAUGAUUGUUAAAGAACACAGGCUUUCUCAGUUUGUAGCGUUCUUUAAGAUCCCGAUGCACGCUGUCUCAAGUCUCGACCCUGUGCCCUGUGAACCUUUCUGUCUAGCUUUCUAUCACAAAAAAAGGGCCUCAUUUUAUUAUUUUAUAUUAUUUUAUUCUCUCUUCAUCGCUUAAUUCCUUAGUACAGAUCAUAACAGGAUGGUUACAUCAAUUCAUGUAUUAUUCACCUAAAUGUACCGACUACAGUACACUGUAGUUUCCUCCUGUAUCUUUUUUUCAUAUUUAUAGAAUACAUAUAUACAAUUCUAUAUAUUAUAUGUGCACACGGAUAUUAAGUCCAUGCCCGUCAUCCCUCAGCAAUACAAUAGACCCUUAGACAAACAUAUAACAUGAAUGUAUUGUGCAUUUUGAUGACCUUCAACGUGUUCAGCUUCAGGUUCAGUUUGGAAUUUGGGUCUGCUUUUGGUGUUGUGAGCUUCACUACAUCUAUAAAGUGCAGUUCAUGUAAAACCGCUAAGGUUAUUAGAGGCAUCAGUGUGUUUAGGUGGACCGUUUCCUCACAUGAGCGCUCGUGAGGUGGAUUCAGUUUAACUUGCACUAAUGUUGUCAUUAGUAACAGUGUGUCCUUUAAGUUCUCGAACCCCUUCUUGUAUGUGCUGCUGAUUUGCAUGUUGCCUUUCUUUGCUGUCGAUAGGAACUGGUUUGUCCAGUCAAUAAAUGUAGGCAAUAAAGACAGCCACUUUUUAUUAAAGGUUUGUUGGACUAAA